AUGGCUGUACAGGGAAUUCUCCAUUCGUACGUGCCAGACUUGGUGGCUUUCGAGUUCACAGACCAGAAAACUCCUCCUGCACCAAACGUGCUUGUAUUUAUAGGUGGUCUUAGUGAUGGCCUUUUAACGGUUCCAUAUUUGCAACAGUUGGCCAAUGGUCUAGAAACUGUAAAUAGCACCUUGGGAAACUGGUGUUUGGUCCAGACAUUAAUAUCAUCUUCGUAUAAUGGAUGGACAUCGGGAUCGCUCGAGCGAGACGUCAAAGAAUUAAAAAAAUUGGUGCAAUAUUUGAGGUCCGAAGCAGGAGGCAGUCGUCGAAAAAUUGUACUUAUGGGCCAUCUGACAGGCUGUCAGGAUACAAUGGAGUACUUGACCAAGAUAUGUAGCCAUGAAGAGGUGUCAGAAGACUCAAUUCUUGACGGGGCCAUUUUGCAAGCUCCAGUUUCUGACCGCGAAGCGAUGGAAAUGUUUAAAGGAACACAGGUAACUCAAGAACUAAUUGAGGAGUGUAAGCGGGAUUUCCUAGAAAAGGGACGCCAAAACGAAAUGCUUCCACCAAAAUUUUCGUUUUUCGAUACACAAUUGACUGCAUAUCGUUUCCACUCUCUUGCUGCUCCUGGAGGUGAUGAUGACUACUUUUCGUCGGACCUCACCUAUGAAGACCAUAGAAAAACAUUUGGCAUUGUAAACACACCUCUUUUGGUCCUUUAUGGGGCUAAAGAUGAAUGUGUUCCAAAGUCGGUGGAUAGAGAGGCCUUAGUCAAACUCUGGGAAGCAUCGACAAACCCAUACUAUUGGAGCCCUUUGAGUAAGGUUCUUCAAGGUGCUACGCACAACGUUGGACCAGGAUCAGAUCCAGGAGCUGUUGAUGAUCUUGUGGCCACCGUCACAAAGUUUGUGGAAUCACUUCAUUAG